GCUAAUGUUUGCUCCGGUUAUAAUAUGUAGAGCCUGUAUCAUCGCUUUGUUAUCUAUCAGAUGCUCUUUCCUCUUCAAUCGCUUGUGGAAGCAAUGUCCCACUGGAAAAUGAUGACAGAGUACCUGCAAUUACCGUGUUGGUAAUGCAAAAGAGAGGAACUAACAGACAGCUUCAAGAUCAACAGCACCUAGCCCAACCCAAGUUGAAGUCCCCAAUGAUUUGUUCGUUAACGAAACGAAAGACAAUAAUCAUACAAACAUCAUCUUCGUCAGCACCAUGUCCGGCAACGCAGGGCAUCGCCUGCUUUACUUUCAUUAACAGCGACAGCCACAAGCUCUCCACCAAAAGCGCCCGCUUCACUACGAUGACAGUGAUGUCGUCGCUUAGUAUCAUCAUCACCUCCUUUGCCGUCAAAAUUGCCAUGAAGAGAUCACCGGGAGAAAUAAAGAAAAAGAAGAAAAACAGAUAAUGAGACCCUAGUCAACCAACACCGCCAGCCACUUUUUCGCUGAAUUGCUUAACGAUAUGUUUCAUUGGGAAACAUCCGAAAGAUAAGGUGAAGGACCUAGUGUAUAGCUAGGGGCCUAGUUGGUAGUCACUGGUGCUUGGUGGUCCGUUGUCGAGUGAGUUGCCGGGAGGAAGAGAAUUGGCAUGUUGUAAUGCCAAGUUGAAAGGUAUCUGCACAUUUCCUGUCUUGAAUUCGGCUUGGGAUCAUCAGUGAUUGCUUGAGACCUUACGAAGUCCAUACUAUAACGUCCCACGCACGAUCCUGAGAAACGAUAAUGGUGAUACGAGUUAACC